UUUCUUUUCAAAAUAAGUCGCUCGCCAUUGUUUGGAUAUCAAAUAAGUUCGUUCGUCAGUUUUACAAAAAUAAUUAACUUAAAAUUACAAGUUUCGUGUAUUUAAAGUUUGAAGAAUUUAUUUUCUUUCUUUAUGUGACAUAUCACGGUCUCAAACCAAAAAUGGAUUUAUUGGAUAUACGUUGUGGCUGUGGAGUAGUUUUGAAAACGACAUCCGAUCAAUAUUUUCAAGGUAUAAUUAUGUAUUCCGAUCAAAGUUGCAUUGUGUUAAAAGAUCUGGUUAUGUGGCAACAGGAUCCGGAGGAUUACGAGUACCUGGAUUCAGUUCUAUAUUUUGACGUGUGUGAUAUUGCUGAUUUUACAAGGAUUGCUCCAUUCAUGCCUGUAGAGGAGUAUUUGCAAAUUAGAUCAAGACAAGCAGCUAGUAUCUGUUCAUCGACUGAUGUGCCAAAAACUGUUGUUAAACAAAAUCAAAGCAAACCAACUUUAUCGCAACAAUACACACCACCUAUUAUGUUGCCUUCAAUAAAUGUCUCAGCAAAUACAUCCAGUUUCCAACCAAUUCGUUUACCACCACGUCAUAUUGAUAAGGUUUCACCUGAGCAAUUUUGUGUAAUGGAGCCAUUUGAACGCAUGCCACCGUUACCAGCUUUACCAUUUGCAGAACGUCAACAUUAUUUACAACAGCGAUAUAAUAUGUUUGCUUGUCCACCAAUUGAUUAUAAUUAUGUCCACAACCAAAGACUACAACAUAAUGAUAAAAUUCUAAGUUACAAUGCAGGGGCACCAGUAUUACCUGACAGUUCAAUAAAGCAAGUGAGGAAUUUUAUUAACAUUAACAAUAUAAAUACCGCUGAAAUUAUAUCGUGGCGUACUGACCCUGGUACAACUUCUGGUACAACUGUCAGUAAGAAUCCUAAUAUAACAUCAAAAGGCACUGAUCUUUCUGACCAAUCUGGUGCAGUUGUUAGCAAGAAUCUUAAUGUAACAUCAGGAGACAGUCAUCCUUCUGGUUCUUCGAAAGGCACUGCGAUAUUGUUUGGCCAGUCUUAUGAAAAUCAAAUAUCAUCAGCUGUUGUUGCAAAAAAAACAAGUAAAGAUAGCAAUACUUUGGAUAAAAACGCUGAAAUUAUUAAUGAAAACUUAGCUGAUGCAAGUAAUACGUUUACAAUGCCUUCUUGCAGUUUUACAGCGAAUGCAAAUACCACUAGUUUGUCGCAUUCAAUUGAUGGUAACAAAGCAAGUUCUAACUCCGGUAAGAAAAAAAAGGGUUCUAAAAUAAAGAUUUCCAGUGCACCUUCAACUUCGAAUUUCAUCAACGAUGAUAAUCCAGUUUUUGUAACUGAGAAAGGACUUUUAGUUCCAAGUAUUAGUUUGUCUAAACGGUAUGAGAUGCAAGCAAAACUAGCAGCUAGAGGUGUGACCGCUCCCGAACAAAAUAUAUUAUUUGGACAAAGAAUAACCGACUUGAUAGUGACAAUGCUACACACGUGUUUCGAACCAAAAAAUAAUAUUAUGAAUGCUACGGGUGCGAUUUUAUGUGCUCGAAAUGAAAGUGCAUACGAACUUAGUAUGAAUGUUGUGCUUUCUUUAGCAACAAUUGGCUUGAAUACAUUUUUACACAUAAGUAAAAAAUCGUGUUAUAAGUCGGCAUCAAAUUUUGAAAUGCAUCGUCAUUAUCGACAUUUUCAGGUAUUUUCAGAGCGGUGCCAGUUAAUUCGAAAUGUCAGACUUAUACCCAGAGCCGAUUUUGUUGUAUUAUUGAUGCAAGCUAACCAUGAUGAAAAAUGGACUACAGAGGUACUAGCUUGGGUUAAUCGUACAAGAGCGCCAGUACUUGUGGUCGAUCCACCUACAAAGUUCAAUAUAUCCAAUAGUCUUAAAUAUGCAGUACUUCCGAUACUGCCCGUAGAUGGUUUUCAAGCACAAAAAUAUAUACAAAGUUUCUUAUGCAAUUUAAAUGUGCCGAAUGAUUUAUUACAACAAUAUACCGGAGAUGAGAGAGUUAUUUAUGAAGCAAAUAAUUACAGCGUCAUAAAAAUACUAAAUGACAAUAGGUAAACCACUAACAUUUAGUUAGUGGUCAAUAAAAUAAAAACACAAAAUCCAUCACAUACACAUAUACUUACAGACACACACACAUAAAAACAUACGCGUAUACAACAAUUAACACGACAAUAACAAAAAUAUGUUAUAAAUAAAAUCAAGGGCAGUAUUUAAAGGCGGUUACUGCUUCAAUAAAUCCAGACAUUAAACCGUCAAUCUGGAACUAAUAAAAGCAACUAUAGAAUCAAUAAGAGAUCUUAACUUACAUAAGCAUACGACAUACGACAGUCAUAAUACAAUCGUAAACGGGGUUUCAAACGAUGAAAGCCAGCCGCAAUUGUUUAAAGACUACAAUUUGAAAGUAUCCCUAAAUCGUUUGGUAAAUGUUUCUAAUAAAUCUUCAAUUUAAAUGCAACAAGGA